AAUCUUCAGAUGCUGAGCACCUGUCCAAUCACCUGUGUGUGUAUCCUGCAGCAGCUCUGUGUUGUGAGGAGGAGCUGCUCGGUUUUUCAGCAGUUUGUUUCGUCUUUGUGAUGCUCAUAGACGUUUGAGUUAAAGCCCACCCCUCACACAAACUAAACAAAGGAGUCAAGACCACCGAAGGUAGACCAAUAUAUCCCACCGGAGCACAUCUCCUCAAAAACAUGACAGAAGAAGGCAUCAUGCUGGAUGAGGUCAUUCUGAACACACAGCCGUCCACAGACACAGAGGAGACCGUGCCAUGUUUCCAGACUCUGGGCCCCACCGUCACCUUCCAUAAUCUCCGCUACAGCAUCAAGGAACGAUUAGGAAUGUUUAGUAGGCAGUGGGUUGAAAAGGACAUCCUCAAAGAUGUCAGUGGCAUCAUGAACCCAGGAAUGAAUGCGAUUAUGGGCCCUACUGGAAGUGGGAAGACAUCGCUUCUGGAUGUCAUUGCAGGACGGAAAGAUCCUAAGGGCUUAAAGUCAGGCCAGGUGCUAGUUGACAACACCAUUGUGACCUCUGACCUCAGACUCUCCUCUGCUUAUGUAGUUCAGAAUGACAUUCUGAUGGGAACUCUGACUGUAAGAGAGAACUUGGCCUUCUCUGCCAAUCUUCGAUUGUCACGCAAAGAGUAUUCCUCAGCUGACAAACAGAUGAGGGUCGACUCCGUCAUCCAGGAGCUUGGCCUGAAAGAUUGCGCAGAUACUAAGAUUGGGACGAUGUUUUUGCGUGGUGUUUCUGGUGGAGAGAAGAAGAGGUGCAGCAUUGGGAUGGAGCUCAUCACGUCCCCCUCGCUCCUGUUCCUGGAUGAGCCCACCACAGGCCUGGACGCCAACACUGCCAACUCCAUCAUGGAACUGCUGCAGAAGCUCUCCAAAAAGGGUAAGACGGUCAUCUUCUCCAUUCACCAGCCACGCUACUCCAUCUUCAGCCAGUUUGACCACCUCACACUCCUACAUAAAGGAGAAAUCACCUACGCAGGGGCCGCCAACAAAGCCAUUACCUACUUUGAGGACUUGGGUUACAAGUGCGAGCCAUUCAACAACCCGGCAGACUUCUUCCUGGACGUCACAAAUGGAACCAUCCUUCCUCAAAUACACAACAAUAAAUCAGAGAAAUGUAUCAACAGCGACGAGGUGGUGGAGAAUGAUAACCCUCUGGCGGUAAUUUACAGAAGGUCCCCUAAUUUCUUCAGUGUAAAAGACAGACUCACUCAUAUUUCAGAGGCACUUGACCCUGAGGUUACUAAAGGUGACCGGGUUGGGUACGCCACACCUUUCUAUUACCAGCUCAUGUUGGUGAGCGGCCGCACCGUCAGAAACAUCUUGAGGAAUCCUCAGACGUCUUACGCCCAGCUGUUCCUCAACAUUUUCUUUGGUAUUUUAGUGGGUCUUAUCUACUACCAGAUCCCACACACUUUACCAGAGGCUCUUCAGAACAGAACGGGAGCUUUCUUUUUCCUAGUCAUUAACAUGGUGUUUGGCAAUCUGUCUGCGGUGGAGCUCUUCAUCAGCGAGAGAGUGCUCUUCAUCCACGAGAACUCCAGUGGUUUCUACCGCACCUCUGUCUACUUCCUGUCCAAAGUGUUUGCUGACCUCAUACCGAACCGCAUCCUCCCCGUCUUCAUCUUUUCUGCCAUCCCAUACUUCAUGAUGGGCCUGAAGCCUGACGUGGAGACGUUCUUCCUGUACUGUGUGACCCUGAGUAUGAUCAGUCUGUCAGCGGUGAGCUUGGCCUUCCUGGUCAGUGCCAGCGUGGGCUCCUUCGCCAUGGCCAACAUCCUCAUCGCACUGCCUUACGUCGUAAUGAUGGUGUUCGGGGGUUUCCUAGUGAACCUGAAUUCGAUGCUGAGCUGGAUGUCCUGGCUGAAGUGGGCCAGUAUAUUCAGAUAUGGCUACAAUGCACUUGCCAUCAUCGAGCUAAAAGAUCAAGUCUUUACCAGUAACUACACCAGCAUGACAGGUGACAUGUAUCUGGAUCAUCAAGAGAUCGAUUACAGCACUUGGGGCUUCUGGCAGAACCAGGUAGCACUGACAGGCAUUAUGUGCGUGUGUCUGAUUCUUUCGUAUGUGCAGCUGCGUCGGAUCAAUCGCUGGAAGUGAAGGGAUGACACUGGUUGUGUCACUCGUUUGUUGUUUUAACUUUGAACCCUGUGCAUCAUUAAGUAACCCAAGCACAGAGAAAUGUGUCAGUCAGAGAAUCCACAAAAAAAAAAAAAAAAGCCAAAUUGUGUUUAGUGUUGUUUAUUGCCAAAGAACAACUACAGUACACUUGACUGAUGUGAUUGCAGGAGCAACAACUCUCGAAGAAUGAUGAAGAGUUAACAGGAAUCACGAUGAAAUGGCACUAGCAACAGAUCUUUUCUCACACAUUGUGACAUACUGGGCAAAAAAGGGUUUUAUAUGUCGAUUGUGAUGGAGGUUGCAUUCCAGCAGAUCAGCCUUUUGAUUUGCGAAACAUGACAAAUUCAGGCAACCAACUGAAAUCUCCAUAGGUGGAUGUUUCACUCUCACAAAACUCCUGGGCUCGUGUUCACAAAACAUUUUAUCUUACCACUAAGAGUUCUCCUAAAUAGCCGUGAAGUUUUUAGCUUAGUUUUCUCUUAAAACCUAUUCACAAAGCUGUGAUGAACUUUCAGUAAGGAAUACAGAAUAGGCUUAAAAAUAAAGUUGUCACGUUAAAAUAAAGAUUUUAAAAUGUAGAAUAAGUGUCAUUAAACAAAUAUAUGUUGCGUGUAUUGACAGCUGCUUGCAUGUAUGCUUUUUAAUUAGCGGGUAUGCAUAUAAACACCCUUCAUAAUCAUGGCUGAGAAUACAUGCAAACGUAAAAAAAAAAAAUUCUGGAAACAGACAUUUUAGGGAGAGUGUAGCCUUAAGACUCCUCUUCACCUUUGUGAAAUACUCAGAGCAAAAAUGUAAGAGUCCUAAAUGUAGGAUUGGCACACCUAUUAUUUUUAUGAUUUUGUCAUGAGCAACUUUUAGCCUUAAGAUUUUUUGUAAAUAACGGCCUGAUCUGAAGGAUUCCUAUCGAAAACUACUGAAUUAUAAAUCUCACAGAACAGUAAAUGUGACUGCACCUUAAGAAAGAGGCAGAUUAAGCAAACUAAAUGGUCCGGUUCACGUCAUCAAAAGACAUUGGCGUAAUUUACAGUUUCAGACAAUUUACAAACAAUAAUACAACAAAUCAAAUGGUAUUUUAACUUCCAGAGCUGGUCUGAAAAACUUCUGAAACCAUGGAGAAUGGGGUUGAAAUUGGUUUUAUUUUCACUUUAAAAAAAACAAACCAUAUGAAGCACAAGGAUAAAACACAUGUAUGUAGCGGUGACCGAUCAAUCGGUGAUGGGCAGCAGUUAAUGGGAUCAGAUGAAGAAUGCCACAAUCACUUCCCCUUCAGAUCAUUAAUAAACAGUGACAGUUAGAGAUAAUCGACUUCCAUUAAAAACAAAGAUUUCGAUGACUGGCCUUGCAGGUGCAGUUAAAGAGGGAGGCAGGGAUACCAGAGCAUCCAAAAGCAUUUCAUCUUCAUUCUCAGGGGUCUCAGACCACCUCUUCUGAUAAAGACACAUAUCUCCAUAUAAACUCACGCUGUGUGCAUAUUUAAAGAAAUCAACAUUGUACAACUAAAAGAAUAUUAUUCUAAAAGAUAAGUCCCCAAAAUAGCGCAAAAAAAAAAAACUUUCAGUGCAAGUAUUUCCCAUACAUCUACACCUGCAGUUCAUAACUCCCUCCGAACCCCUGCCCCCUCAAACUAUAGUAAAAGCUUACUUCCCCUGAAACAAGGCUGUUAAAUUAGCAGUGACCAAUUUCAAAUGUCACUUUUUAAAGAAAACCCAAAUAUUGAUUUUAAAACCGAAAAGCAGCUCUACAGCAGUUCUCCUUUAGUUUCCUAAGAUUGUUGAGGACCGCUCUGCUCAUCCUUUAGCUCCAGACGUGACGCCUGCAGUGAUCCAAGGCCUACGUCACAAACACAGAAGCUACUUCAAGUCACAGCCAGUUUUGAUGUGCAGUACAACAUUAUAAACCCAAAGAGUUAUCUUCUGUAACUCUAGACAGACGACACUUACAUUACAGCGAGAAGCGGUCUCCACGUUCUUACACCAGUAUGCUGGUCCCCAGCUGCACUGCUCCAAUCCCAGCAGCCUCUGCACUGCCUCAGGACACGCUCCCAGCUUCUGUACACACAAAUAAAUCCCCAACAAACUUGGUCAGGGAUCAUCAUUUGAUCACAUGAUUUGAGCUGGAGAGUGUAGGGUAAAUCUUACCAUGCAGACAAAGUCAGGAUCCAGCGUCUGGAGCAGCAGCUGCACCAGAAGAGGCUCGUACUGCUCAAUGAGCUGGUUACACUGCAGGCAGGAGAACACACACACACCACAUCAUUUCCUACAGCACUCAAAGAGUUAUCUAACACUGAUUGAUGAAGGGCUGCACGAUGUGGGAGGAAAAAGUUAAUAUUUUCUGCAAUGUAAGUGUAUAAAUAGGGCUGUACAAUUUUUGUAAACAUUUAAAGGGAUAGUUCACUCAAAUGAAAGUUGUCAUUAAAUUACCCUCAUGUUGUUCCAAAUUUGUAAGACCUUCGUUCAUCUUUGGAACACAAAUUAAGACUUUUGAUGAAACCUUACAAGCUUUCUGACCCUCCAUAGACAGCCGAAAUAAUUCAACAGAAAUUAUGAAGCUAUGAGAACACUUUGUUCAAAUUGACUUUGUUCUACAAUUCUCUGGGUCACCAUAGACGCUUUUAAUGAGUCCCACGACACACGCGUGUGCAUUCCUCUGCUCGUAAACAAGGAGCAGUGCAUUCUACGUCAGCAGCACACACACACAGACCCAGAAGAGAAGAAUGGUUGAAUAAAGUCAUGAUUUUGGUUUUCUUUGCACAAGUAUUCUCGUGCCUUCAUAAAAUUAGAGUUGAACCACUGAUAUCACAUGGACCAUUUUGACGACAUCCUUACUACCUUUCUGGGCCUUGAACGUGUCAGUUACAUUGCUGUCUGGGAGGAUCAGAGCUCUCAGAUUUUUAUCAAAAAUCUUCAUGUGUGCUCUGAAGAUGCAGGACUAACAGGUUUGGAUCGAGGGGAGGGAGGGUAAUUAAAUGACAAUUUUCGUUUUUGGGUGAAUUAUCCCUUUAACCAAACAGUUUGCCUCAUUACAAGUUUGGUUGACCUGUUUUGUUCCUAAAUGUGAAUUAAAAAUGACCCAAAUUUGUUAGCAAAUAAAUCUCACACUGCAUGUUGCUGGACAACAGCACAGUGGAAUGUUUGCUGACAAUUUAAAUGAAAUGAACACUUGUAUUUGUUCUGUUGUUGGAUGUAUUAAAAACAUGAAGUAA